AUGCCUGUCUUUGGGAAAUUAUCCAACGCGAAGGGACUCCUAAGUGCCCUGACGUCUGAUCACAUCGGAGUGAAAGUGGGUAUUCCCCAAACCCUUGCUCCUCACGCUGUAGAUUCUGCUGCCGCACGAGUCCCUGACCAACCACCAACUCGCUACAGUAUAUCGGUAGAUGGUGCAGUGCCCAUUUACGUUCAUUGGACUAGGGUUGCGGAAAUUCCAUCACUCUGGGGUCGUAUGGAAAGGCUCAAGGUGCACUGGAGUCUGGACGGGAGGGUUGAUGCACUUGCACCUCCGACGUCACCAUUGCAGACCGAGAUCCCACUCUCUUGGAAAAUCCAAUGGCUCGCGUCGUCGGCGGCGGCGUUGACAGCUCUCACACGCAGUGCUCGUGCCGAUCGUCUCCAGGCGACGACUUUUUGGCAGCUGGAUGCGGGUCAUAGUACACCGCCGACCUUUCUACAUAUUCCAGUCCAGUACCCACAACCCAGCCUGAUGGUAUUAUGGUAUACAGAGGCAAGCACUGACCCGGCUCUAGCCUUCAGCGGGUUCGAUGCGGCCUGGAACAGCCAUCUUGUGCUCGAUGCCGGAUACCGCGAUGUCAAUCAGCUGCAGAUCCAGGAUGAGAGCGCUGCGAUGCGACUGAAAGCGGAACGUCAGAAAGCUCGAGCAGCAAAGACGGAAAAUACUCUUGCCACUCCGGCCGCGACGACACGACCGCACUCGCCGAAGAGCGAGACAUCUUCCUCGAGCGAUGAGGCCAUCGACAUACCGAUGCGUCCAAAGAAUGCGCAGUUGAUCACGCCGCAUGAUUUCACCCAAAAUAACCCCGAGCAACACUCUGAGCAAAAGCCUCAGCACGGCCUUAGCAUACCCCUAACCUUAAAACAUAAUGCAGAUGAGGUUGGAGUGACCUACUUCUUCAAACAGUUCACUGCCGACAAUGGACACUGGACUUUCCUUCGGCGGUACGAGACGCGUUCCGCGCUGGAUCCAGUGCUAGACCUGGCGAUCAAGGCCUGCGGCAUCGCAGCCUUAGACAAUGUGCAACCACUAUUCAUGGGACGAGAGUACUCGCGGUCCAUCUACGCCCAAGCGUUGCGUCUUCUCCAUGGCGCAUUGCGAGAUCCGAAGCGAUGCAGAUCAGAUGAGAGUCUGAUGGCCGUCUUAAUGCUGGGCUAUUUCGAGAAUUUAACCUGCGAUGGCCGAGAAUCAAUACAAUCGUGGAAAGCUCAUAUCCGAGGAGCAAUGCAAUUGCUGCAGCUACGAGGGAAGAACCAAUUCAAGUCUGUCGUCGGCCAGCUGCUUUUCCGAGAGAUUCGUGCUCAAAUCUUAAUCUACACGAUAUGGGACGAUCUCGACCCUCCAUCCUUCUUGCGAGACUGGAAUCAAGACUUGCAAUUCCACUCUGCCAGUAUUGAGGUCAUUAGUCCUGCAGAUGAGCUGUCGCUGAUAUGA